GCAGUUAGUUGAGUUGGGCGCCAGAGCUCCGCGUGGUCAGUUGGAUAGUUGGUGUGACAGUAACAAGAAAGAGGAAGGAUCCAUAAGCCAGGAUAUAAAGAACAAUGGCACUCUUCCAUUUCAGUCCAAAACGUUGCUUGGAAGUUCAGAAGAUAACUUCGACCAUAUUCUUAAGAUCAUUGAGCGAUGCCUCCACCGAUCUGAAAAAGGUUCUGGCUGAUAAAAUUCCAAAGGAGCAGGAGCGUGUCAAGGCUUUUCGUAAACAGCAUGGAUCCACCAAAGUUGGAGAGGUCACCGUAGACAUGAUGUAUGGUGGUAUGCGUGGAAUUAAAGGACUUGUAUGGGAACCGUCGGUCCUGGAUCCUGAAGAAGGUAUUAGAUUCCGAGGAAAGUCGAUUCCAGAAUGUCAGAAGCUUCUACCAAAAGCUAAGGGUGGUGAGGAACCGCUUCCAGAAGGUUUGUUCUGGCUUCUGAUUACUGGCGACGUUCCCACGGAUGCCCAAGUGAAAGCAGUCUCUCAAGAAUGGGCCUCCCGAAGCGCAUUACCUGAUCACGUAGUCAAAGCUCUGAACAACUUCCCCAAAUCGCUUCAUCCCAUGACUCAAUUCUCCGCCGCUAUUACUCUUCUAAAUAGCGAGAGUGAAUACGUGAAAGCGUAUACGGGAGGUGUACACAAGACCAAAUAUUGGGAAACCGUUUACGAAGAUUCGAUGAAUCUGAUCGCUAAAUUACCCGUAGUGGCUGCCACAAUCUACAGAAAUAUUUACAAGGGUGGUAAAGGCUUGGGAUCCGUCGAUGCGGGAAAAGAUUGGUCUUGGAAUUUCGCGAACAUGCUCGGUUACGACAAUCCACAAUUCAUCGAACUUAUGCGCUUAUACCUAACGAUCCACUCUGAUCACGAAGGUGGAAAUGUAUCUGCACACACAACUCACUUGGUAGGUUCGGCAUUGUCUGAUCCGUAUUUGUCAUUUGCCGCUGGAAUGAACGGCUUGGCUGGUCCUCUCCAUGGUCUUGCAAAUCAAGAAGUGUUGGUAUGGCUAGAAAAGUUGCGCGCUCAAGUUGGAGACAGUCCCAGUGACGAUAAGCUGAAGGAAUUUAUUUGGAACACGUUGAAGAGCGGUCAAGUCGUUCCUGGAUACGGUCAUGCCGUACUGAGAAAGACUGAUCCUAGAUAUACAUGCCAGAGAGAAUUUGCAUUGAAACACUUGCCGGAUGACAAACUGUUCAAGCUUGUUUCCCAAGUAUACAAAGUAGUUCCACCCAUUCUUUUGGAAACUGGCAAGGUAAAGAACCCAUGGCCAAAUGUAGAUGCUCAUUCGGGAGUUCUACUGCAAUACUAUGGAAUGAAAGAGAUGAAUUAUUACACCGUCCUGUUCGGAGUAUCGCGUGCUCUUGGUGUUCUGGCGUCCCUUGUUUGGGAUCGAGCUCUCGGUCUUCCCAUAGAAAGGCCCAAAUCUCUAAGCACUGAUCUUCUCAUGAAAUCUGUCAAAGCCUAAACAACUUUAUUUAUGAAAAAUCGGUGUCACCUUUUAAGUUUGUGACACACCACCAUCAUGGUUUCAAAAGUAAAGAACUGACUGCUUUCUAUCAUAGUGAAAAUGUUAUUAAUGCACAGACAGGUGUAAUCUUCUUGAGCUCAUUACGAAUUCAUUUUAAAUGACUUCAAGGAAGUCGUUUUAAUUGUUGAAUCUUAUCAAAAAGAUGUAAAAUUAGGUAUCGUCUCACGUAACGAUAUGUGCUUCGAAUGUAAACACAUUAAAAAUAGGUUUCGCAGUUUACUGUAUCGCAAAAACUUUUGCCUACAUCUUUUAAUAACGUGUUCAUUCACCUUUUUCUGUUGACAAUGCAGAUUUCGUGUAAAGGAGGUAGAGUUUUUGCGAUAUACUAUAAGCUACGAAAAAGAUUCAUCCGUUAAAUAUAGUUUAACUGCCAAACCCUUUAAAAAGAUGUAAUAUGCCCAUUAGCGAUAAACACAAUUCAUUGUAAAUAUAUUUGCCACUUUGUUUAAUUUAUAGAGCGGCGAUUUUAGAAAUAAAAGUGACGUAAUUCAUUA